AUGGGUAAUCCAGCUAGUCCAAUAUUAGCCAACAUAGUAAUGGAUCAUGUACUUAAAAGGAUAAUAAAACUUCUACCUUUUCCAGUGCUUUUUUUGAAGGUUUAUGUCGACGAUACUAUCGUAGCUAUUCCAGAAGAAAAAGUGGACACAAUUUUGGACAUCUUUAAUAGUGUAAACAAAAAGAUUCAGUUAACCAUGGAAAUCGAGAAGGAUAAUAUGUUACCAUUUUUAGAUGUGGUGGUAAUAAGGAAAGAUGAUGGCUCAUUGUUGACUAACUGGUACAUUAAACCAACUAGCUCAGGAAGAUGUUUAAAUUAUUAUUCUAACCACCCUCUAAAUCAAAAGAUCAGUAUAAUUAAAGGUUUUGUGUAUAGAUCAUUAAAGUUAAGCAGUGAACAAUUUCAUAAAGAUAAUUUGCUAAGAGUUGAGAGUUUGUUAAAGAAAAAUAACUAUCCGUUAGGACUAAUUCACAGUGUCUUCAAUAACUACAAUAAAGAUAAAAACAUACCGGAUCAUAAACUACACGUUAAAAAAAAGUUUAUUAGAUUCCCAUUUAUUAACCCAAUAUCUAACCAGAUUAAUAAAUGUUUCAAGAAAACUGAUAUUCAACUGGUGUUUUACAACUUAGUCAAAAUGAAUUCAAUUUAUUCAAGACUAAAAGAUAAAGUCGAUAAAGGGGAUCAGUCUGAGAUUGUAUAUCAGAUACCAUGUGAAUGUAGCAGGUGCUACGUGGGACAAACGAAGCAAAAACUCAAGAAAAGACUGGAUCAAUAUAAGAAUGACUGCAGGCCGAUUAAUAUACUCAAAACAAACUCCACUGCACUUGCUAAUCAUCAUUUCAAGACUGGACACAAUUUUAAAUUUAACAUGGCAACUAUUUUAGAUAUAGAAGACAAUUAG